AUGAAACCUGGCACAGCUCCCGGACCUAAUUUUAUAUCAGCAGACUUUCUUCGGGCUGGUGGCCAUCCGCUUCAUGUAAUCUUAGCAGCGCACAUGACAUCCUACCUUCAGAAAGAAAGGAUCCCAGACCAGUGGAAGACCUUGCGAACCGUUCUUAUCCAUAAGAAAGGUAACCGAGAGGACCUCCGGAACUACCGUCCGAUAUGCCUGCUUAGCGUGUUAUACAAAGUAUUCACCAAGAUCAUCCUCAAGCGCAUAUCUAGGACGCUGGAUGAAGCCCAGCCUCAAGAACAAGCUAGAUUCCGCCAGAGGUUCAGCUGCUUGGACCACAUUCAAACCGUUUCGAGGGUCAUAGAGAUUUGUCGGGAAUAG